GAUUUCAGCCACCCCCCUCCCACCCCGAAGUUGCAUGCAAAAUUGUUUUAUAAGUUAAAAACGUUCAUAAAGAACUGAUUUUUUCCUUCUAUGAAAUACAAUGAAAUGACAGUUUAUCCGAAACUGUAUAAAUAAGCAUUAUAAAAGUGCAUGGAAAUCAUUAACCAGCGGCAAAACAAACAUAAUUAACUUCUGUUUUACACGCAAUAAAACUUUUAUUUCUCCCGCUUAGCAUAAAAACGUCUCAAAUUAGGAUGCAUGAACAAGUAAGGUUUUCUUCUCCUGACCGUAGCCUACGUUACGACUUUUAUGUCUCCACUCCUCCACACCUGUUUUUGUUUUGGUAAUCAUUCUGCCGCGGUGAGAGACACUGACGAGGAGCGGAAACAUGGCGGGUCUGAGCUAUUGGCUGAUCGGGCUUUUAAUAGUGCUUUGUAAUGUAACAUUUUCGCUGUCAGAGACUUAUACUUUUAAUCAAAAUAUAGGAGUUGCAUACGAGUUUAAGAUUCAUGUGGACGCUGGCAAAGAAGAAUGUUUCAGUCAAUUCGUACAUCCGGGAUCGACGUUUUACGUUGCUUUCCAGGUAAUGCGUGGGGGUGAUGGCAUGGCAGGAUUUGCUGUGAGACAUCCAUCUGGACAGAUAGUCCUUCCUUAUGUCUGGAAGCCCAGUGCAGAGUAUGAAGAACAAGCAGCUGACCCAGGAGGCUUUUAUCAUCUUUGCAUUGACAACUCUUUAUCUCGAUUUGCUUCCAAGUUAGUGAGUUUGUAUGUAAAUUCCUUUAAACGAGACAAGUGGGAGGACUAUGUAAAAGAGCUGGAAGAUACAGAUGUCACUGUUGCUAAUUUCACGGACACACUUCAAAAAGUUGAUGGGCGUAUUGGAGACAUGUUAAAAUACCAGGAUCAGUCUCGUCGCCAAACUUCAAGAGACUGGUAUCUUGUAGACAGUAAUCACACUUAUGUACAAAAUUGGUCUUUAGCUCAAUGCAUAGUAAUUUUUUUAACCUCAACACUUCAAGUUUAUUUUGUACGCAAACUAUUUGAUGUUAAAAAUGUCACACCGACAUCGAAGCCAAGAGCUUAAGAAGAACGUAAAUUAACUUUCAAUUCAAAGAGCUGUUUUAUUUUUGUGAUAAGGUUAACAUUCCUUUUUUAUUUCAGACGUAAGCACAAUUUUCAAAAUGAAAAAUUGCUUUAAACAUACAUGUAUAAAUUUCACCAAAAUAAAGUUCCACAAACAUGAGGAAAAGACAAGAAACAUAUAUAUAUUUUUGAAAAAUAUAUUUUACUGUCAUCAACAAAGAGUUAUGUUUCCAAAUGAUUUUACGUGCAUUUGUAUAUACAGUUGGCUCUCUGUUUAACGACUUUCAACGGACCACAAAAAAUCAUCCUUAAGUAGAACGCGUCCUUAAAUAGAACACUUUUAACACUAUUGUGGACCAUCUGGGACCGGGAAAACCCGUCGUUAAAUAGAGAAAGUUGUUAAAUGGAGCGUCGUUAAACAGAGAGCCAACGGUACGUUUUUUUUUUUUGUAAUUCAGUUAUCAAUUUAAAGGAAAAGAAUCAAGCAUAUGCAUUCUUCGUAUGUAUACUGUGAUAUGAGUAUAGCAAUUAAGAAAGUCGCUGCAAUUAACAAAUUGCAUUUGUUCCAAUAUUUUCCUUUCUAAAAAAUAAUGAAAGUAACAUGAAUUUCACAACUUUAUGCAUUUUUUUUUUUUAAAGAUAGUGUUUAUUUUUUUUAUAAAAAUUUUGCAAUGUGCUUAGUUGAAAUAUAAUUUCUUUUUAGCCAUUGUGUAAUCACAACAGAUGCAGUUUACUGUGGUUAUUAAAAUUGCAUAUACUUUUAAAACGAUUUUAUCUUUUAUUUUAAUUCACAAUUUAGUUAAAUACUGAAAAGUUGUUUAGGUAUUUUUUACCUUUUAAUAAUGUAGCAUUGAAAACAAUGAUUUUAAAUAAGUAUGAACUCUUCAUCUUGCUAAUUUUUAAACUUUAUUUUAGUUAUGUUGAAUGUGUUCAUCAUACAAAGAUUUGAAUGUUCCUUUUCUUUAACCUAAUUUCUUUUGCACCUAUGAAGAAACUUUUUAGGCUGUGCAACCUAAGUUCUGCACAAGCAUCAUGGGAAGCCAGCUUACUUUAAAAUCCAACAGAUUGAGGGUCUUACUCUAUGGUACUCUUUACCCCCUGUUUUGAAUGAUUAGCUCAAAUAAAUGUAAAUUAAACAACUUUGAUAAUCAAGCCUAAACCAAACUCAUUGAAUCAUUCUCAAAUUCAAGUUCAAGAAACAUUUUUUGUUUUGGAGGGAGGAGGUGCAUUUUUUACAAACAGUAUUCUUGUUUUUAUCAACUUACAGUUUAUUACUUAAAUAUUUUCAGCAUUCAAAUAAUCAAGCACUGUUAAAAAGAGAAUUGUUUUUAAUAUACUUAAGCACCACUAAUGAUAAAUGAAUAAUGUUGCUAUUUGUGCCAAAAUCAGUAACUCUCCAAAAAGAAAGCUAUCUCAUUAUUUUAACUACUGAAAAAAAUAUAAAAGAAAUUGGAAGUUUCAAGACAAAUGCAUAUGGUUUGGAAAUUCAAACAUCAAUCAAGCUAGAAUUUUUUGUUAUAAAUUAAAAUUAAAAUGCACAUUGAAAGAUAAAAAUUUAGUUGUAAAAGUUUAGUUGUUUCUAUUUCAAAGAAAGAAAAAAAUACCUUUGUGCUAAAAUUAAAUUUAUGAGAAGCUACCACAACAUUAUGAAAGCACAGAUUAUAUUUUGCCAUUUUUGUGCUUCAUUAAGAUUCUUAUACAUUUAUCAAUUGAGAAUAAUUAAAAUAUACAUAUAUUUAUCAAUUUGAGAAUAAUUAAAAUGUAUAAAAUUUGUUUUAGUAUCUAAAUUUCGCUAAAUUUAAAGGUCUUUCAAAACAAAAUUAAAAAUAAAACACACACAGAGCAUCCAAUCAAUUUUUAGGUUGCUACUAGGUUUGUGUACCAUUUUUAAAUUUUAUUAAUAACAAUUUAAACAAUUUUAAAAUGGAUACAUAUAUAUUAUAGCAAUCCAAAACUGACUGUUGAAAAAAUUUGAUUCUAAUUAUAUAUAUAUAUAUAUAUAAAUGUGUGGGAAAAAUUUAAUAAAUUGCACUGAUAAUCCUUCAUGAAUCUACAUUCAUAUUUUCUCAUUGAUCCUCAAAUUAUUUAAUACUUGGAUAUGUUUAUGUGAAACUAUAUUUUUUAUUUUUAGUUAGGAAAAAUUAUACUUAACUGCAUAAUAUAAAGUACUUUCAAAUAAUAAUAAAUGUAUUAUUUUAAAUGCUAAGAAUUAAAAAAUAACAGCAUAAUUUGCGUUUUCAGUUUGCCUUUUUAUUUGUUUAUUUUCAAAUAAUGAUAAUCACUAGACUAAUUUUAUUAUGUCCCAUUUAACAAAUGUCAAGGGGCUAUAAAAAGUUAUUGUUAAAUCAAGGAUAUUGUCCAGUCGAGGAGCAUAUACAUAAUGCUGUUAAGACUGCUCUUCAGUGGAGAAGAAAAACGAUCUCGCUUGAAAAUAGGCUUUUUCUUUAAACGAAAGCAGCGUUCAUCAGUGAAGUGAUUGACACUUCAACAACCAAUAGAACGAACGGUGCCCGAUGAAAGUGUGGAUCAUGUGACCUGUCACAUUUUGCAGGGGGACAGACCGGACGCUCCCCCUGCUGUGCAGAGUAGUCGAAGGAGAUAAUAGCCGACGGCGAAAUGAAACCGCAGCUUUUUACAGACCCUUCCAAGGAAAUUCUAGUUCUUUCCCUCUUGAGUCUUGACUACAUAGGUAAAAGAAAAAUAACUCGGUGUAAAAGGCAUGGCAUUUUACAUUGCCGCGCAUUUUGCAAUCCCGCUUGUGAUAUUAAUUUAUUUGCAUUCGCACUAAAAUUAAUUUUUGAAACGAAGAUUUUUUUCCCCAUUAAUACGGUUCCAGAUCUCAUCAAGGAAAAAUUAACGAAUGAAUGAAUAUUUGCAAUAAAUAAAUUUAUAAAUUCGUUUUAUUCUUAGAAAAAUGUUCGUUAUUGAAAAUUGAUGAUUUCAAAAAAGGAAGGGAAAAAAAAGAUAGCCUGCAUGACCACACUGAAUUUUAACGAAAUGAACUCCAAAUCUAACCAAAAAAUAUUCUUUAAAAAUGGAUGAUUCUACUUAAUAUAUUUGAAAAAUCGAGUGCCGAAUAAAAGUGGGGACUAACUAGUUAUCGGUUGGUGAAAUUUUUUCGCUUCCUCUGCCUGUUUGCCACUCUCCCCAACCCCAUCCGAGUUGCCAGAAAACAUUCUUCUUAAAAAUGAAACUAGAUCCUCUUUGCAUAGUUAAUACUUGAUUGUACAAUAAACAUUAAUGCCACUAAUUAGUUACAUUAACCUUUAUUUGAACUGAUAAUAUUUAUAUUUUAGUGCUAAAUUAAAUACUACUUUGUUGGUUAGUUACCUGUUUUACAAAUGCAGUGGCGACUAGAAAAAAAAGUGGCUACUAUAAUUGCCUUUUCUCACCACUGGUGACCAGAAAAUUCCCCUAAUCUUUAUCUUUGAAUCCUUUUCUUUUUGAAAAAAUAUUUACAGUCGGACCUCCGUAUAUCGAACUUCCACAUAUCGAAAUUUUCUAUAUAUCGAAAUCCCAGCAAAUUUCUAUGUUCACUACACAGAAAAAUUGUUUCUAUAUAUCGAAAAAGUCUCUAUAUAUCGAAAUUUUUUUCGAGACAUUCGUAGGUUUUUUUCCACUUUAGACUGUUUGUCUUAUGAAAAAUGAAGGUUAGCGGAGAAAAUUAUAAUCACUAAAGGUUGCUACGAAACUCAUAAGGAAUAUGGGGUUCAGGGGUGUGUAGAUAGGGUCGUUGUUCCGUUCUGGAGUUUUUACAUUCCCUCAAGUUUAUUUCAAAUCUUAGUUGCAACCAGUAACACUAAAAUCAGUUUCAAGCUAUCCCUUUUGUCUGCUGAUUAUCAUUCCUAGUAUUUUUAGCUUCAGUAAAAAUCAUUCAAGUUAAAUAGAUUGAUUUUUUACUUUUCUCUCGAUUACAUUGUUAAAACGAAAAUCCCCUAUUGUGGCGGUUCAAGUUGAAUUUCCGAAGAAUGAAGGUGUAUGAAGGAGCAAAAAUGUAAUUUCUGUUAAAUUUUUGAUUAUUAACUUUCAUUUAAUCCGAUGCUCGUUUAAAUUAGCAGUUGGGUUUCAUGCACGAAAAUUAGUUUUAAUUUUAAUGUUUUAGGACAUUUUUAUGAUAAAAUAAGAUUGUUUCUAUAUAUCGAAAUUUCUAUUUAUCGAAUUUUUUUCCGGCAAUUUGCUACUUCGAUAUAUGGAGGUCCGACUGUAUUUAUUUAUCUAAUUACUAUAUGCAGAUGAGAAGGCUACGAUAGCAUUUCUCAAGGGGUUGUUAUGGUGAAAGUUCUUUCAAAUUGAGCAUAACAACGGCAAAGUCGCGGAUGGCUACGGAUAAGGAUUUCCUGAAUUUGAAAAAUUAAAGAUUUUUCUCUGAUCUUUGUAUGCAGGGGUGCUCACCCUGCUCCAAGCUCAAAGGCAAAAAUCACUCCUUCCCCCACUCUCAAUGUUUGUAUACUAUCUUGCGUUGAAAUUUUGGAAUAAAACUAAACCUAGCACUUUUAGAGUCUCAGAUUCCCAGUUACUAAAUUCGGCAAAAUACAUGAGGUAUUACAUACACUAUAUGACCAAAAGUAUUGGGACACUUUCAAAAAUUCACAAUUUUACGGAUUUCUCGGGAAAUAAAAGACCAAUUGCUCUCUGCUCUGUAAUUUUUUCUCAUGAAAAGUAUACUCCAAACGUCAAAUCCAAUAACAAUUAAGUCUGCUAUUCAUUUAGGGGACCAGCAACAAAUAAUCCGUUCUUAUCAUGAAUCACUCUGUAACGAUGGUAGGAAAGUGUUGCCAGUUUGCUAGCAAUCCCUUACCAUUCAUCGCCUAUCCUAGAAUUAUAGAAAUUCAGCUCAUUAGAUCGCUGAUAACUUUUUAAAAUUUAAAGAAAUUGCUGUGGAAUUUUUUUCAUGGAUUGUAGGAUGUAUCUGAGCUUUGAAUUAUGAACGUUAUAAAUUGCUAUCUUUCGUGCAUGCGCAGUGAAAAAUUAAUAGCUUUAAUUGUUCAUAUUUCAUCAAAUUUUCAAUAUUUUAACUUUAAAUUUUAUUAUUAUGUUUCUCUAAAAUGCUGUCAAAUAUUCUAAAAGUUUAGUAAUGUUUGACGAAAUACUCUGCGCAAUAUGAGGCGAAAACCUUCAAAAAAAUUUUGCAUUUUUGAAAGAAAUGCUUAUAUUUCCAUGGGUAUAAGAGAUAUUUUCACAAAAAUAUAAAAAUAAGUUUUUGAUAGAUUUUUAACUCAUUUCUGAAAAUUAUAGCUUAUUCCCAGCAAUUUGCAAUGAAAAAUGAUCAAAAAACUUUUUUCUUCAAUUUGUUGUCGGUCCCCUAAGUGAAUAGCAGACUUAAUUUUUAUUGGAAAAUGACAAGUAGAGUAUACAUUUUAUGCGAAACAAAUUAUAGAGCAAUUAGUCUAUUAUUUCUCGAGAAAUCCCUAAAAAUGUUAAUUUUUGAAAGUGUCCCAAUGCUUUUGGUCAUAUAGUGUAUAUAGUGCUUCUACUUCAACACAUUGAGUUUUUAUUAAAAUUUUCUAAUAAGUCUUGUGAGUGUCUGAUCCUCGUUAGUUGUCAUAAUAAAUAUUAAGGGUUGUCGUUUUUCUCAGGAGGCACGAAAAUAUUACCUACAUGUAUAUCUGCCUGAAAAAAAAAAUACUCGAAAUACUUAGGUGAAAAAAAAUCUCAAUGCCUCACUCUGCCAGAUUUUAAAGUUUUUAUCGCUCUGCCUCGUUUUCAUGCAUCUUGCAUUUAAUGAAUCAAUAAUAAAAAAUAAAAAAAGGGCAAGAAACAGAUUUGCAGGAAAUAUACAUAAAGUUAAAACAAAAAUGAAAAUGAAUAGCUUACAUUUAGGAAAGCAAUUAUAAGUACAAGUACGGGUUCACAAUUUAAAAAGAAAAAAAAAACCAAGACGAACUUUUUCUUUUUAAGUUCUGUGUUACGCACUUCUGUGCCGAAAAUUUAUCGUAUCGUGUCUUCAGUCACAGAAUAAAAUGAAUGUUCUAAUCAAAUGAUUAUCAAAUAAUUUUCAUUCGUAUAGAACAAAAAUCUUUUUUGAGAUCCCACAUUUUCUAUUCUAUUGACUCCUAAUUCCUAAUAAUGUGUAAAUACAGCGAGAGAAAGGAUUUAGCUUUUUGUUUAGGAGAGGGAACCAUUUCUAUAUUUAAUUAACAUGAUCUUUAUCGUAAGCAUACUAUUUACUCAGAAAUACUCCCUAUUUUCCCAAGCACUCUGUUUGGGGGCUAUGCCUUUUAAUUUUCACGAAAAUAAAAUUUUCAAAAUGCACUUUUAGACGAUCUCUGGUGGUAUUUGGAAGUAAGUAAGAGGUCCUGUGAUCUUCCACCAGCAAAUUUUUGAACUUGAAACGCCAAAAACACAAUUUCAGGUUCUUCAAUUCUGUUAGGAAACAUGGAGUUCGGAAGCUUUCCCCGGAAUUUUUCGAAAUAGUCUAAAAACGCAGUCUUAGUGUGAUGUUGGGGGGAGGCAAAAUUUUCAAUGUGUUAUAAACAUGAUUGUAGGCCAUAUUUAGUAACGUUGGAGACAUGCAGGUUUUUGAAAUCAAAGUUCCAAAAAUGCAAUUUUAGGCGACUUUUUUUUUUUUUUAUGGUCAAAGAAGGACUUUUCACAAACUCCCUUUCCAAAAUUUUUUGAAAUUAAAGCCAUAAAA